AUGGAGAAUUUUCUGCGUAAUGUUUCGGGAAUUACCAGAAUCUUUUUUGAUAUUGGCUCGAAGAGCAUCAAAAUCUCGUACAUUUCGGAAAUUCCAGUGACCAGGACAACACUUCAAAGAACAGUGAGUUCGUUUCAGAAUUUUUAUUCAUUUUUGAAUAUUUUCAGAUCGAGAAAACUGGAAAAACAUUUCAACGUUUGCAUUGUAUUCAAGUAAAUUAUGACGAUUUUCCUCGAAUUCUCGAAUAUAUUUCAAAAAAUGCCAAUUUACGAAAUACUUUUGCACAUUAUGGACACACAACAAGAAUUGUUGCUGUCGAAAAAAUGAUUGAGGAAAAAUUGGGAUGUGUGUAAGUUGUGUUUGUUUUCGGGGAAGCCCUUUUCUUGGAACAGUUUUUUUUGAGAAAAAUCUCUCAGUUUGUUUUCUUUUACAUUAAAAAGUUUGAAAUUGGGUCAAAAGAAUUUCAAAUUCCUAUCAUAUUGUUAAUAAUAUCUGAUGCAAUGUCUAUCUACAAUAAAACGUAAAUAAACAUUCUUAUUACACUUUAUUUGUACUUUGAUUUUGAUUAAACUACAAAAAUUGUCUUCUUCUGCAAGUUCCGUCAUUCAAAAAAAAUAAUAAUCCGUUACAGAUUAGUUUGCCACGAUGUUUUUGAAUGUAUUGGUCGUGGAACAACAUUUCUUCUUCAAAACAUUGAAGCUGAAGCUUAUACUUAUUCAUUUCAAAUCGAUAAAGAAUAUGAAUUCAAAACUUUGAAUCCCGUCACAAUUUUUCCAUAUAUUCUUGUGAAUAUUAGAACUGGUGUGAGCAUCAUAAGAGUGAGUUUUUCUUUUUUUUUGUUUGUUUCGCGAUAAUUUAAACAAAAUUUUCAGGUUGACAGUGAGAAUGAGUUCAAAAGAAUUGGUGGAAGCUCGAUUGGAGGAGGGAGUUUCCUCGGAUUAUCAAAUUUGUUGAUGAGUGAAGAGGAUUUAGAGAAGAUUAUGGCGAUGGCAGAAGUUGGAGAUCCGUCUGAAUUUGAUAAAUUGAUAUCCGAUGUUUAUGGGGAUAAGUGAGUUUUUAGUUCUGAAUUUUCUAACGCUUUAUUUUUUUUAACCUUUUCUGAGAAAAAAUGAUAUAAUUUCUGAAAUUUUCAGAGCGAACAACCUUGGUUUGCCUGGACAUUUAUUGGCAGCAAGUUUUGCAAAAUCUGGAGAUUUCAACCAUAAAACUGACCUUGAACGUCUAUCAACUUCGUCAAAAGAAAAUAUGGCAAGCAGCCUUCUCCGAAUGAUUAUCUAUAAUAUUGCUCAAAUGGCCUACCUUUAUUCAAAUAGAGAAGGUAUCGAAACUGUAUAUUUCAAUGGUUUUCUUGUUCGAAAUCGACCAAUUGUUAUGAAAACACUUUCAUAUGCAUUUAAUUAUUGGUCGGGUGGAAAACUUCACGCAUUUUUCUUACGACAUGAAAAUUAUACCUCAUCAAUUGGUGCAUUUUAUUCAUCGCUUAUUGAAAGUGAUGAUUUGAAAUAUCGUCAACUUGCAAAUUAUCAUUGGAAAGAACAUUAUAAUGGUUCUACAGCUCUUGGUAGAUUUGUUCCAGUUCUUCCAUUAACAGUUGGGUUCAAACCACAAACUUUUGAAUUAGAUUGUUAUGAAUAUGAAGCUGGACCAUUAUAUAUUUUAGCAAAUGCAGAUGCUCCACCUGAUACUGUUGAUUUUAAUCGAGAUGAUGCUGCAAGAGAAUUUUGGUUGAAUGUGAUGGAAGAAACAAUUCUGGGAAUUCGAAAAAUUGCAAUUGAAUCUCAACAAAAUGUUGAAGAUCAAAAAGAUUUGGUUGAAAGAGCUGAUGGUUUUGUUGAAUCUUUCAAAGCUCAAUUAAGGGUCAUUAGUGAACAUCCAUUGUAAGUUUCUUCGUUUUUUGUUAUUUUAACUUCGAUUUUUUGUAGCGCAUACGGAAAUUCAAAUGCUCGCAAUAUUCUUGAACUUCGUGAACAAAUCUUGCGACAAUACGGUUUUGAUGAUAUUUAUCUUCAACAAAAACAAAAAGAGAAUGAGUUUGCUCUUCACGAACUUCCCCAAGUUCUAUCGACAAUUGAUAAUUUGAAAAAUGAACUAGACAAAACUCAACAUUUCGAAUAUGUUUGUCGUGGACUUUUGGCUGGAAAUGUUUUUGAUUGGGGAGCAAAAGAAGUGGUAAAAAUGAUGAAUAGACCAGGAGGAUUGAGUUUUUCACAAGCUAUUGAAAGUGUUGAGCGUGAGUUCUGACUCAUUUCCAGCUUAAAACCUGAAAAAUGAUUGUUUUCAGCUCGUCCUUGGUUGUUUGAUGAUUUUGAAAAGUUCAACUCUCGCCUUCCAACUUAUCGAUCAAUUUUGAUAUUUGUUGACAACAGUGGUUGUGAUUAUCUACUUGGUGUUAUUCCAUUUGCCAGAGAACUUCUGAGAAAAGGAAAACGUGUGAUAAUCUGUGCAAAUUCGGCUCCAGCUCUUAAUGAUUUGACAUACAAAGAAAUGAUUGGAUUGAUCAAACCUCUUCGAAAUAUUGAUUCGGAUCUUGACAGGUUUUUGAAAUCUGGACAACUUCUUUUCACACAAUCUGGUCAAGGUUCACCGUGUAUGGAUUUGCGACGUGUACAUAAUCAUUUGAGUUACACAUUAAUGAAGAAUCACGUGGAUUUGAUUAUAAUUGAAGGAAUGGGAAGAGCUCUUCAUACAAACUUCCAUCUUGAAUUCAAAUGUGAUGCUUUAAAGGUGAGUUGAACCGGAAAGUGUUAACAAAUAUUUUUGAUUUUUUUGUCUGCAAACAAUUUGAAACCGGAAAAAUUCAUUUAUUACAGGUCGCGGUCAUCAAAACCAAAUGGCUUGCGGAUCGCCUAAAUGGUCAAAUGUUUAGUGUCGUUUUCAAACUCGAUGACGGUACAAAUGACCGACUUUACGCGGGUUUGCCCAAACUAAACGAGACGUGUGAUCCAAAUGAUAUCAUCAACGAAGAUAUUAUUUUAUCAAAAAUGUAA